GCGGUCUAGAUGGCCCAAAUUGGGUCAUGUCCAAAGCAACGCACGCGGCUGCCUCACUUUGCAUAGGACGCAUCCGCCAGACCGCCACUUUCUUCCGCAUUUCCUCAAACAAUUCGCGCGCCGCCGCCGCCGCUCUCCGGCGUCUGCUACUCGGCUCCGUGCCCCCACCAGGCAGCAGGCCACCACCCCAAUCCCUCUCUUCCUUCAGAGAUGCAGAAGGUGCGGCUCAAAUGGGUGAAGAACCGGGGCCUGGAUCACCUGAUCGAGCGCACCACCUCAAUCCGCGCGUCCUGCCUGCUGCUCGACCACCUCUCGCGCCUCCCUGGUACCUCCCCCGUGCCGGCGCGCUCCCUCGCACGCCUCCAAAAGCCGCUUGGCCUGACGGUGCCUGUGCUUCGCUUCCUUCGCCGCCAUCCCACGCUCUUCUCCGAGCAACCGCACCCUCGGUUCCCCACGCUGCUCUCCUUUUCCCUCACGGCUGCGUCACACACCCUCCUGUCCCGCCUUGCCGAUGCCUAUGCGCACGACGCGCACCUCCGCCUCGCGCGCCUCCUCCUCCUCACCCGCUCCAGGUCGCUCCCGCUCGCCUCCGUGCUCCCGCUCCGCUUCGACCUCGGACUGCCGUUCAACUUCGCCGCCGCGUUCCCGGCCUCCCACCCCGGUGUCUUCGCCGUCGCCAACAACCGCAUCUCCCUACGGUCCACCUCCGGCCUCCCCGAGGACAUCGCCGUCUCCUCUCUCCAACGCCGCCACGCCGCGGCCAUCGACUCCGCGACCUACCGCGCGCUGUCCCGGCCGCCGUCCUCGUCGAGCGCCCCGCUCGCGUUCCCGAUGCGAUUCCCGCGGGGGUACGGCGGGAUGAAGAAGGUCAAGGCCUGGAUGGAUGAGUUCCACCGCCUUCCCUACAUCUCGCCGUACGACGACGCGUCAGGGAUCGACCCUGAGAGCGACAUUUACGAGAAGAGGAACAUCGGCUUGCUACAUGAGCUACUUGGGCUAACGGUGCACAAGAUGGUGCGGAGGAACGCCAUCCGGCUUCUUCGGGAAGAGCUGGGCCUGCCACACAAGUUCACUAGGCUGUUCACGCGGUACCCUGGAGUGUUCUACCUGUCGUUGAAGUGCAAGACAACGACUGUGGUGCUUCGUGAGGGGUACGAGAGAGGUAAGCUCGUGGAGCAGCAUCCCCUGGCUGCUGUGAGGGACAAGGUGCAUUAUGUGAUGCGCACUGGAGUGCUGUACCGUGGAAAAGGUUUGUCCAAGCUUGUUCUGGAUGAGGAUGUCACUGAGGAAGAGGGUGCACUGAAUGGGGAGGAAUUUGAAGGGGAGGGAAUGGAUGGGGAUGCUGAUGUCGAGUGCUUCAGAAUGGAGAUUGUGGAUGACGAUGGGUCUGCUGAUGAUGUGGAUGAUGAAGGUUAUAGUGAUGGUUGACAUGGACUGAUGACUCUUGCCUUCUUGAUUUAUGUUUUGCAUUUGUGGCUUCAGUCGUGAAUUACAGUGACUGUUUUUUAUUCAACUUAUUAGUGGCUUCAAUUGAGAAGUUCAGCAAGUUAUUGUAGAUUACUGUACACAAAAUAGAAUGGGAAAUAUGUCAGCCUUUUUUAUUAGCUAAAGUGCAGUCUCUUCGUAUAAUAAGACGUCUCGUUUUCGAAUUCAUACUGGUGCGGACUCGGAGCAGAUGAACUGAUGAAGUACCGGGUUGGACGAAAGCCCUUCAUAUUUUUAGUGUAAAAAGCUGUACCUGAACGUGCCAGUGUUUAAGCCUGCUGGCAUGAACUUCGAAGGAUAUAGCAAUCUUCAAUUUGAUGGAUUACAUUGGCAAAAAAAAAAAUUCAAGCUCUGCUUUCCUGCAUAGUCACAUGCAAACCAGGAGGUAUCAUGCGUCUGGUCUGGUCAUGGGCUCAUGAAACUGAAGGUGCGCAGGGGGUGCAUGGAAACUGCCACUUGAAGUCUGGUUGCAGAAUUGGGCAGUGUGGAAGCAUGACUGCAUAUAUGAGUAUGAUGACUGCUAAUUGGGUUGUUACUCAGGAUGGCAGGAUUCCAGGUUCAGUGAUUCGUGUCUGGUCGUCUUGCAUGUUUCAUCUCCCUUCUUUUUCCCUCCCUGCUCUUGUUUUUGACUAGUCUCCGUCGGCAAUGCGUCAGAUCCAGUUCAAAUCAGGUCACUGGUCACCCUAGAGUUAGACCUCUAAAAGCAGUGCAAACUAUUUACGAUUCUGCAAGUGGCUGCACACUCGGCGUCUGGAAGCAGUUCUCGUUGGCUAUUUGCACAGGCGUCUGGAAGCAGUUCUCGUUGGCUCACUGACCAAAAAAAAAAAUCUGCAAACUGGAGCCGACUCUUCUCUCUGCAAACAACUUGAUUACGGUUUUUUCUCUCUGUCAGAAGAGUGUCUCAAAUCUUAUAUAUAUCAAGGAUCCAAUCGCUUUGGACUUACAUAAAUCAACUGAAACAAAAAUACAAGCCAUCCAGUCAUCCCGGAAAACAGGAAGGCUGCCGGCGGCGGCCAGAGAGUGAAUAUAAAGUCUUAGAGGCAAUAAGUGGUUUCAGCUGACGAGUUAUCGUGCCACUUUUGAUGUACUUUAUUAACCGAUAAUCGUCUCAUAAUCUUGGAUUGAACUUUCGACUCUCGUGGUUGUUAAUUCUAUCACAUUGCUCCGUCCA